CGCCUCUAUCACGCUAAUUCCACUUAGACCAAACCCGCACCACUCAAUAUAAAGUUAAAUAAGCAAAACCUUGUCAUAUUCGAAAAACCCUCCCACUUCGUUUCAAGGCACCGACACUUGCACUUACAUGAUAACGAUCUCGCAACAAAGGCAGCUCUACACGGUCACUGUAACAAUCCUACUCUCGGCUAGAUACUUAAUAAAUGUCUAACUCUGGUGCUCCUUUCUCCCAUUGGUAUCUAUCCAAACAAGCGCUAACAUCCUGUGCAGGUUGUCCUCCCAUCGAUCUCUCGACGUUACCAGCUGAUGAUACCCGCGUCCUUAGCAAGCAGCGCGGAGCUAUUGUCCUAGAGCUCAACAGUUCUUUGGUCUACAAAUCGGGAAGUAGGAUACGGCGUAAUGAGGAAGUAGCCAUGAGACUUGUGAAGCAAUACACGGACGUCCCGGUUCCCGAUAUUAUGUUCUCGGCGUACCAUUCCGAGGGGGGCAAUAUAGGCAUGACAAUUAUUCCAAAAUCGCCUCUUCAGUUUUCAUAGAACGGGCUCGAUAAGCCUACAAAGGAACGUGUAUACCGUGAAACUUAAGAUAUUAUUACGAAGAUGCGAC